AUGAUUGAACAUGCAUAUGAACGUGGCAUAGAGCAGAUCGAACUAGACGAGUUUGUCAUUGAUCUUAAGCGUCAAAUUCAAAUUAGUAAACAAGACUCUCACGAGCAAUGUCCAGUAGAACGACUAACAAACGUGAUUGACACAAAUAGUUAUGUCAGAAUUCAUCGAUUUGUUUGGGAAUGGCCACAAUUGAUCGAGAAAUCCUUUAACCCAGGGCCGAACUCGUUUUUAAGUGCUACUGGUUGUGACAAUAUACCAUUAGAACCAAGAACCAUUUGGCGAAUUACUGAUGGCAUUCGAGAACUGGGUGUCAUUGUUGGUAAAGCAAAGGAAGCUGAAUAUAUUGCCGAAGAACUCAAGCAAAUAUCUGGGAUAGUCUUUGGUCGGCAGGAGUCAAUCAUUCACUAUUUAAUUCGUUUAUAUACAAUGGAUAGUUUCUUAUACAAAGUCGUCAAUCAUGUUAUGAGAAACGCCGAGCACAGUUUUGGUGAAUUCGCGACAGAGCAAGACAAAACCUAUGCAAGAUUAUUGGGACCGUAUUGUGGUUUACUGUCAGGUUGUCUUAAGUGGUGUCCUCCAUUAGAUUGCCAUCAAGCAGAAACUAUUCUAUAUCGCAGUGCCAAUGUAACUGAUAAAAUGAUAGAAAGUUAUAAACAAUUCAUAGCGAUGGCACUUCUCUAUGAUGGCAAUACUAUCUUUCACAUUCAUGUACCAACUAAUCCAGAUGGAUGCAUUGCUGAUAUCUCCUCAUUAUCACAAUUUCCUGAAGAAGAAGUUCUACUCGAUGCUCAAACGUUUCUUAUGGUCAAGAAAGUCGAACAGGAUCAAAUUUUGAAUAAGUACAUCAUUCACUUGCAAGUUUCUGAUUUCAAAUUUCGUGGUCAACAACAUAAACAAGACAAUAGUUCCGUUCGUGAUACAUUUAUUUCGUCUACCGAUAAUCCCUCCGAUGACGGCGAAAUUCAUGAAGAAAUAUGA